AUGGCGGCACCCCGGGCGAGGCCGCCGCGGAGACGCGGCGGCGGCUCGAGCAACUCCGUGAGCACCACAAGCCGCGUGGUGAUGGCCUUGAUCGCUUUCCUGUCGACCGUCUACCUCUACUUGUCCCACGUCGAGGUUACACGCCACGAGAUCUCGAGGCCCAACCCUUACCCACGCCUGGGGCAGAGCUUCGAAACCGACGGUAACUACGACGAUGAAGACCCGAGGCAGCACGAGCCGGAAGUGUUGCGCCAAGCGAACCACCCCGCGGAGGGUCCAAUGGACUACAUCCCGCUGCAGUGCGACGGGGGGAAGCCGGCCGUGGACUUGUCAUACUGGAAGGACAUUCCGCUGGACAAGGCGUACGAGAGUCCGUGGGGGGCCAGCGCCCGUAAGGCGCAGGAGGAGGGGAGGCCGCAGUACGUCACCUUUGAGCCCGACCACGGGGGAUUCAACAACAUCAGAAUGGCCAUGGAGGUGAUGCUGGUCUUCGCUAGAGAAACGGGGCGCACGCUGGUCAUGCCAGCGGCGCAGAAGUUCUACCUGCUGAACAGGCCCGCGGUGGAAUUCGCGGACAUGUUCCCCAUCGAGUACCUCUCGGACUACAUGGACGUCAUCACCAUGGAGGAAUUCUUGAAGAAGGAGGGGCUCACGGGCCGACUGGGAAAGGUACCCCCUGGAAACAAAAGCUCAGGGCACAGCAAGGAGGCCGUGCAAGACUACCUGCGGGAGGUUGCCGACGUCGUUCCGCACUGGCACCACAUGGACGAGGCUUUGAUAUUCGGUCCUUCUCCGGAAGUCCCCAAGGUCCCCGAUGACGAGGAGUCUCAGGCGUGGCUGCAGGAGUUCCUCACCGACAAGCGGCGACAGCUGGACUACGGCGAGGAUAUGCAGCGGGCUCGGCACAUUCACUUCCGGACAUCGCCCGGACAGGGCCGCGAGGAGUACAGGCUCUUCACCCACUUCUACACCUUCGUGGGCUUCAGCGACCCCGUCGCGGCCCGACACCACCGCCGCCUCGUCCGAGACCUCGUCCACUUCCGAGAGUCCCUCUUCUGCGCGGCGGCGACGAUAGUCGGGAGGCUCCGCGCCGCCGGCGGGGGGGACCCCGGGAAUUGGUCCGGAUACUACGGGGAGUGGGGGGGCCUCGGGGAGAGAGAAGGGUGGGUGGGUGGGGGGGAGGUGGCUGGGGUUGGGGGGGGGAGCUACGCGGACGAGGGCGGGGGAGGGGUACGGAAGAGGGCCGGCUUCAGCACGUUCCACAUCCGACGAGGGGACUUCCAGUACGUUAGGAUGAAACCGCCGGCGGAGACGAUCGCUGGGGCGACGAAGGACCUCAUACAGCCGGGGGAGGUGCUGUUCAUCGCCACGGACGAGCGGAAGAAGGAGUUCUUCGACGUCUUUACGCACGAACACCGGGUGUUCUACUUGGACGACUUCCAGGACGUCCUCGAGGGCAUCGACCCGUCCUACUACCUCAUGAUCGACACCAUCGUGGCAUCGCAGGGGAGGACGUUCAUUGGGACGUGGCGAAGCACCUUCACAGGGUACAUCACGAGACUCAGGGGCUACUACCGCUUCCCGACGGAGUUCUCGUGGUACUUCUGGGACGAGAGCGUCAAGGACUACAUCCCCAAAUCGCUCGUUGAGGAUGCUGUUCCGCGAUCACCGUUCUUCAUGAGGGAGUGGCCCGUGGCGUGGGAGGACCUCGACCAGGAUGUGUGGGCAUAG